GUAUAUUGUUGAGGCCAGUUGGUGACUAUGCCGUGGACGGUGGAGCGUGUGAAUCACGCAAUGGUAUAGUGUCAGAAAGCAGUUUGUCAUAACCAAAGCGAUCAAUCGGCGCGAAAGCGACCAAUCCGCUCGAUGGUCAUGCAGCCACUCACCGCAAUUCCGACAGAAGCCACACUUUACGAGGAGGCUGCGGGUUUGUUUGACACUUACUCGCCGUUCGAUUCGAUUCAAGCUCCCAAAACCAGUAACUUAUCAAAUGCCGAACCGCUCACAUUCGUCGCAACGGCCCGCGCAGUCAUUGGUGAGAAGGACACCAACACCAGCCAGUCUGACGCUGAUGCAAUCAAGCUUCUACAAGAGAAAAAGAUGCGCCAACGUCAGCAACAGCGACAGCGACGCAAGGAUAUACGUGAUAGUCUGCAACGAGAAGAACAGGAGUUAACCUUACAGUUGCAAACACUGAAGCAAGCAAUCGUGAGCAAUGCUGGGACCGAUCGCGCUAGUGUCCAGCUUGCCAACUACUACUGGAGAGAAAGUGCGGCUAAGCAGCAGGAAGAGCGACUCGCAGCGGAGGCUGAGCAGAAGCGUCUCACAGCUGCAACGAAAGUUCAAGCUACGUACAUCGACAGGAUGAUAAAGCUGUUGCAGAGGAAGACAGCCAAGGAACAAUGGGUAUCUGGAAUUCGAGAUUGCAAGCGCUUCCAGAUAGAAAUGUCAGAUGAUGCGGUGUUUACGACGCUUCUCAAGGAGGUUGACGACAACUACAAGUGCGUUAAUGAACUGUUACGCGGGUGUCGUGUUGAUAGUUUGCCUUUAGGAAACACGAACUCUGUUCACCGAAAUCAGGCGAACGGCGAGAUAGAGUAUCUCCUCCACGUUCAUAAAGGGAUGCAGCCGUUUAACUACGAGUGCACAUGCAACUCUGCUUGGGUGGCAGCUGGUCAUCUGCAUCGACAGCUAGAUCGCGAAGUUUAUCAAGGUGCGUUGGGCAUGGAGAAUACGAUCGCUGUCAAAUUUCGCCUUGAGCGAACAUUGACGACGGGUGUGAAGGUAUCAAUGAAGCAGUGGCUCGUUAAUCGACGGUAUUUCGAGGAAGGCCGAGUGAUCAAUACCUGGAAAAUCUACUCAGAAGGCGAAGGGAUUUUACGCGGAAUGCAUUCGGACGAGACAGGCUGGAUUGUAUUGCGGCCAACGUUGGACGGAUUCGGAACGUGGACGGAUGCGAUCGUCCGACAAGCUCCUGUGCUCUUCGGCACCAUCGUCACUAGUGACUGGAUUGACGAUGAGCUUCGACAAAUGCUGCAGGAUAAAGUUGUCGAGGACGGCAGGGCACUCAUCGGUACCGUCGAAAAUUUACUGCUCGAAGACACACUCGCCAUUCUGAGCGACUAGGAUGCUGCAUACUCCUGAUAUAUAUUCUGACCGCGGCUGGAACUGGAGAAACCGUGUCAGAAUGGGCAGCUUUGUGUAUUAUUUGUUCUGCAGCACUACCAAACACAUCAUUUCAAAUGCUGAACUAGUUUAUACAGCGCAUGUCUACGUUCUCCCUGCUGUAUCAGGUAGAGUUCGUACUCGGAAGUACUGCUACUUCGGCUCAAGCAAAACCGUGCCUUGCGGUGGUAGUUCUACGAUCGCACGAACCUUUACAGUAACCUGGAGCUGCAGACCUUAGCUUUUAUACUUUUUGUGGGUUGUUUGAUAACUUCGCGUUCGUUCAAUAGAAACACAGCAAUAUCUGGGUGGAUCCGUCGUUUAACGUUAUUUAUUGCGCAG